CCCACCCCGCCCUCCGCGUGGGACAGGGCCCAGGUGCAAGGGGGGAGGACAACUCUUGGGCACAGCCCGGAGAUCUCCGUCCUGGGAGAGUUUAAAAGGCCCCAGGACCUUCUCCCAGUCUCAGUUGACCUUCCCAACUAGCUGCAGCAUGAGGGGGCUGCUGAUUUUGAGUGUGCUGCUGGGGGCAGUCCUUGCCAAAGAGGACUUUGUGGGGCAUCAGGUGCUCCGAAUCUCUGCAGCUGAUGAAGCUCAGGUCCAGAAGGUGACAGAGCUGGAGGACCUGGAGCACCUGAAGCUGGACUUCUGGAGGGGCCCUGCCCAGCCUGGUUCUCCCAUCGAUGUCCGAGUGCCCUUCUCCAGCACCCAGGCCGUCAAAGUCUUCCUGGAAACCCAUGGCAUUGAGUACACGAUCAUGAUUGAUGAUGUGCAGUCACUGCUGGACGAGGAGCAGGAGCAGAUAUUCGCCUUCCAGGCCCGGGCCGGCACCACCGACACCUUUAACUACGCCACCUACCACACCCUGGAGGAGAUCUAUGGCUUCAUGGACAUGCUGGUGGCCGAGCACCCACAGCUUGUCAGCAAGUUCCAGAUUGGCAGCACCUACGAAGGUCGUCCCAUCUACGUGCUGAAGUUCAGCACUGGGGGCAACAAUCGUCCCGCCAUCUGGAUUGACACAGGCAUCCACUCCCGGGAGUGGGUCACCCAGGCCAGUGGGAUCUGGUUUGCAAAGAAGAUCACCCAAGACUAUGGCCAGGACACAUCUCUCACCACCAUUCUUGACAACAUGGACAUCUUCCUGGAGAUCGUCACCAACCCUGAUGGUUUUGCCUUCACCCAUAGCAAGAACCGCUUGUGGCGCAAGACUCGAUCCAUCACGGCUGGCUCCGCCUGCAUUGGUGUGGACCCCAACCGGAACUGGGACGCCGGCUUUGGGAAGGCUGGAGCCAGCAACAACCCUUGCUCGGAGACUUACCACGGCAAGUUUGCCAAUUCCGAAACGGAGGUCAAGUCCAUUGUGGACUUUGUGAAGAGCCAUGGGAACAUCAAGGCCUUCAUCUCCAUCCACAGCUACUCCCAGCUCCUCCUGUAUCCCUAUGGCUACACCACAGAACAAACCCCUGACCACAAUGAGCUGGAUCAGCUGGCCAAGGAUGCUGUGACGGCCCUGUCCUCUCUGUAUGGGACCAAGUUCAAGUAUGGCAGCAUCAUCAAAGCAAUCUACCGAGCCAGUGGAGGCACCAUUGACUGGACCUACAACCAGGGCAUCAAGUACUCCUACACCUUCGAGCUCCGGGACACUGGGCGCUAUGGCUUCCUGCUGCCGGCCUCCCAGAUCAUUCCCACGGCCCAGGAAACAUGGCUGGCGCUCAAGACCAUCAUGGAGUACACCCUGAACCACCCCUACUAAACUAGCCCUUGGGCUCUGUCCUCUUUCUCUUCUCUGGCCCCACCCAAGCAACCCAAUAAAGUUUGAGUGUAUGGAACAGAAUCUUGGGACGUGC